AUGAAUUCGGCUGAUGAGGGCUAUAGCGAGGCCCCUCUCAAUACCUUGGUCUCGACCUCGUUCUACAAGUCCCACUCAAGUAACAGAUCCCCCGUGUCGGAUCUUUUACUGCAACACAUGUCGGACCUUUCCAUCGCCAACAAGACGGAGCUCACUCUCGCACUCCUAGAUGAGCUCCCCACGAGCGUCGUUGCUGAAAUCGUACAGCGUCUCAACCCGCGACUCUACAUCGACUUUAUCAUGUAUCUCCCCGCCGAGAUCUGUCUCAAGAUACUGGGCUAUCUCGAUCCACUGUCUCUCAUCAACCUAGCCAAAGCUUGUCGAGCCUGGCACAACCUCGCCUCAGACGGGAAGCUUUGGGAGCGCAUUUACUACCGUGAAGGAUGGAAGACGAUAAAAUCGGAAAUCGAUUUGUGGGAAGACAAGGUGAACGCGGCAGCCUUGUCUGGAAGCUCUUUGAAUGGGCCGCUACACAGGUUGCGGUCGUCCGAAGACGGACACACACAUAAGAAGCGUGCCAUCACGAGCCCUACGAGAUCACCACCCGAUGACACUCGUGAUGUCGACUACCCCAUGAUGGACGAUGCUGCAAUGAGCGGUUCAAGCAUAUUUGGUAACAGCUCUGGCUCAUCAAAUACGAGGACGUGUGUCACGCCAGGGAUCGGCGCAUUGAACGUGAACGGCCUCACUGGCGACUCGAAGGGGAAAGGCAAGGAGCCCGCGCAUACUCCCAGGACGGCGCUCUCCCGGGAAACGAGCGAAAUCAAGCCCGAGUCUUUACCAGAAAUAAUUCCAGCUGAAACGAACCUGCCCAAGACGACUCUUUGGAACUGGCAUACAAAUUCAAACAGGUACAGACUCAACUGGAAAUACAUGUAUGCGACUCGACAUCGGCUAGAACAGAACUGGGAGAGUGGCAAAUUUGUCAACUUCCAGUUCCCGCAUCCAAACCAUCCCGAGGAAGGUCACAAGGAGUGCAUUUACAGUCUUCAGUUCAACUCGGAAUAUUUGGUCAGCGGCAGCAGGGACAAGACGGUUCGCAUAUGGGACAUGUACACGCGGAGGCUCGUCAGGGCGCCGCUUGUUGGCCACAAGGGAUCCGUGCUGUGCCUGCAAUUCGAUUCAGAUCCAGACGAGGAUAUCAUAGUUACGGGCAGCAGCGAUUCAGACGUUAUCAUCUGGAAGUUUUCAACCGGCGAGAUGGUACAGCGGCUUAAGUGUGCGCACCACGAGUCGGUGCUCAAUGUCAAGUUCGACAAACGGAUCCUUGUGACUUGCUCAAAAGACAAGACCAUCAAGGUGUUCAACAGACGACCCAUUGGACCUGGCGAGGAAGGCUAUGGGGACACUGGUGCGGUGUAUGGCGUUGGUCAGGUCAUCCAAAGCCAACAUACACAUUACGACGGCAUCGACAACCUGGCCAUCAUACCGCCUUACUCCAUGAUCGGCGCACUCAAAGGUCACGGGGCUGCUGUGAAUGCUGUGCAAAUAGUUGGCAACGAAGUCGUCUCUGCCUCCGGAGACCGACACCUCAAGAUUUGGGACUGGCCGACACAACACUGCAAGUGCACUUACAUUGGCCACGCGAAAGGAAUUGCCUGUGUUCAAUAUGAUGGCAAGCGUAUCGUGAGCGGUAGCAACGACAAUGCGAUCAAGGUUUUUGAUAGCAGAACAGGACUCGAGGUAGCGAGUCUUCAAGGGCACACGGACUUGGUAAGGACCUUGCAGUCCGGCUUCGCAGACCUUCCAUACAGCGAUUACGAGGAUGCCGAAGAGGCGAGGCGUGUCGACAAGAAGUUCAGCGCUGCGGUUCGGGCGGGAACGCUGUUAACCCAGACUAGGGGUAGCUCAAGAAACGCGGGGAGCAGCAGGCCAGAGGAGCUUACAGCCUAUGGCGCAAAACUACCUCCCGGCGGUGGUGGAGGCAAGUAUGCACGAAUAGUGUCGGGGUCCUACGAUGAAAGCAUCAUCGUCUGGAGACGCAACAAAGAAGGAAAGUGGUACAAACAGCAUCAUCUCAGACAAGAAGAGGCGGCACUAGCGGCGGCAUCGCGGCCGACAGACGACCCUGCAGAUUACCCGGGACGAGGAUCAGGUGGCCAUGCGCGCCCCGUCGAUGUUUCUGGGUUGUCAGGGGCAGAGCUGACCCUUCACAGGUUGAGAGCUCAGCGGCAGCCGGAGUCAGCCGACGCUCCUGUGGCUGGACCCACAACCUCCGGGUCAGGGAUGGCGAGCCAUUCGCACAGAAGAUCAGCGAGGCCGCGGGUUCAGGAGGGCACAGCACCGACUCGUCCGCAACAGACUUCAGAAAGAGAUGAGCCGACCCGUCCAAUGCCAGAAUCACAUAGGGGAUCGUCAGCCGAGGUUAGUGCCAAUGUCGCAGCAGAAUUAGCAAACAGCCAAGAGGUGGCUGGUGGACCGCAAUACCUUGCUUCUGGCCACGCGCCAUCGCUCCACGCAGCGUCACUCUCGAACUCGUCAGCGCGCUCGUUGACACACAUGAUCGACGUAACGGUCCCGCAGGGGGUAUACGCAUUGCAGCAGGCCUUGAGCAACUUCCCGGCUAUGGUGGCACUCCAGCCUCAAUUGCAGGCGGCCAUCGACAGAGAGCCCAACCCGAUGGUGCGUAGCCAGAUGCGCCAAGCCGUCAGCACCGCGGUAGUGAGGGCGCAGCUGGCUCAGGCUCGGGCGCAACGUGAAAACAUGCAUAGCCUGAGGGCGGUCAGUAACGCCGCAAGGGCUGCCGAUGCUAGCGGUGGUAGUUCAGGGCCAUCGGCGGCAUCCUCGAGGCCCCAGGCGGCCAGUAGCAACUCGGAACCAACUGUUUUGCCGUCUGGCCGGCCGUCUAUGCCCGCAGACGAUACAGGGUUGCCGCCCACGGACAUUCCUGCCGCUACGGCGACCUCCUCUUCUACAGGACCACCAGCAGAAACAACAGCGGCGGCGGUGACAUCAGCGACCAACGGCGCACCGCCAGCAGGACCUCCACCAGCACCUAGCAUGGCGCCCGCGCACCCCGUACUUCCCGUUGCUGUCGGAGGACGCCUGAACCAGGCCGCCGCAGAUGAACGUACUCCAGUGCGUAUAUUUAAGCUUCAGUUUGAUGUUCGCAGGAUCAUUUGCUGCAGUCAGACAAGCGUCAUUGUGGGCUGGGACUUUUGCAACGGGGAUCCAGAGCUGGAAGAGGCGAGUCGAUUCUGGGCCACUGUGGAGUAG